UGAAGGAAGAAGAUAUGACCAAAGUGGAGUUUGAGACCAGUGAAGAGGUCGAUGUUACGCCGACGUUUGAUACGAUGGGUCUGCGGGAGGACCUGCUCCGCGGGAUCUACGCUUACGGUUUUGAGAAACCAUCAGCUAUCCAGCAAAGAGCCAUUAAGCAGAUUAUAAAGGGGAGAGAUGUCAUUGCUCAGUCACAGUCUGGUACUGGUAAAACAGCCACGUUUUGUGUAUCAGUGCUGCAGUGUCUGGACAUUCAGGUGCGUGAGACCCAGGCGCUAAUUUUGGCUCCAACCAGAGAGUUAGCUGGGCAAAUUCAAAAGGUUCUUCUUGCUUUGGGUGACUUCAUGAACGUCCAGUGCCAUGCCUGUAUCGGCGGCACAAACGUGGGCGAGGACAUCAGGAAGCUUGAUUACGGUCAGCACGUUGUAGCAGGAACCCCUGGCAGAGUGUUUGAUAUGAUCCGUCGGAGAAGUCUGAGGACACGUGCCAUCAAGAUGCUGGUUCUGGAUGAAGCUGAUGAAAUGCUUAACAAAGGUUUUAAGGAGCAGAUUUAUGAUGUGUACCGGUACCUUCCUCCUGCUACUCAGGUGGUUCUGAUCAGUGCCACACUGCCGCAUGAGAUCUUGGAGAUGACCAACAAAUUCAUGACUGACCCCAUCCGCAUCCUGGUCAAGCGUGAUGAGUUGACGCUGGAGGGAAUUAAGCAGUUCUUCGUGGCUGUGGAGAGAGAAGAGUGGAAGUUCGACACACUGUGUGAUCUCUAUGAUACGCUGACCAUCACACAAGCGGUCAUCUUCUGCAACACCAAGAGAAAGGUGGACUGGCUGACUGAAAAGAUGAGGGAGGCAAACUUCACCGUGUCCUCUAUGCAUGGAGACAUGCCCCAGAAAGAAAGAGAGUCCAUUAUGAAGGAGUUCCGAUCUGGAGCCAGCCGAGUGCUGAUCUCCACAGACGUGUGGGCCAGAGGGUUGGACGUGCCACAAGUCUCUCUCAUCAUUAACUACGACCUGCCCAACAACAGAGAGUUGUACAUCCACAGAAUCGGACGAUCGGGGCGUUACGGCCGUAAGGGUGUGGCAAUCAACUUUGUAAAGAAUGAUGACAUCCGCAUCCUCCGUGAUAUUGAGCAGUACUAUUCCACACAGAUUGAUGAAAUGCCAAUGAACGUGGCUGAUCUUAUCUGAAGCUGUUAUGGGACUGAAACACAGGAUCAUCUAAACCCUUUUUAUUUAGUCUUUUUUUUCUUCAGUUUUAUUUACUGUGGUCUUUUUAUGUAGACAGAAGUUACUCAUAUUGUUGAUGGAUGGGAUGCUCUCUGUAGGUAUUUACUGAGAGGUUUUGUAAAUAAAGAAUCUUUGUUG